UUUCUUGUUGCCGACCUUCGCUGUAUUUUUAUUCCUAGCUAUCUUUUGCUUCCAUUUCCCCCUCAUUUCUCACCCAACAUUUUUAUUUACAAUGUCAUCAAUUGGUAUAGACGAUUGGCAGCGCGAAAGCGCACCCCUUCGGCCAAGACAGACCUCGGCCAUCACCCUGUCAGAGGAGCAUCCAACCACAAUCCCAGCUAUCCUGCCAAACGAUGAACCCAACAUAUCCCGAAUCACACUAAUCAAGCAAGAGGUUGCAUGGAUUUUGCCAUCAACCGUUCCAAUGUCGCUCACAUUCCUGUGCCUGAGCUCAUUCAACUUUGCCAGUCUACUGACUGUCGGUCGACUGGGUGUCAACGAGCUGGCCGGCGUAUCGCUGGGAAUUAUGCUGGCGAAUUUUCUGGUUCUGAUGCCCGGCUUUGGAGUGGCCACAACGCUCGACUCCCAUGAGGACAAAACGCAAGUCGGAUUCCACACGCGGCGGGGGUUAAUCACCAUAACAAUACUGCUAAUCCCAAUAAUGGCUUUCUUUAUCGGGCACCUGAUCAUGGUCAUGGUCGUGCCAAUCCACAUGUACAACAGCUACGCACUGGUGUGGUCGCCGACCAUAGGCAUGGGCGUCAUCGGCGCGCCAAUUGCCUCGGCAAUCACGUACUGGCUAAUGUUUUUCAGUAUGGUCGUCUACAUAUCUUGCAGUAAAACGAGGCACGCUUGGGGCUCGUUCUCGCUGGACUGCAUCCAUGGAAUCACCGAGUUCUACCGCUACGCGAUUCCGAGCGCCCUCAUGAUGGCCAGCAGCUGGGCAGCAUACGAGAUUAUACCUUCAGCCAUCGGCAGCUUGGCCGCUACACGCAUCGGCCACUCAUUGGGCAAUGGAAAGCAUCGGCGCGCGCGCUACUCAUCCAUUAUCGCCAUUGUCCUGGGCUAUGGCUUUGGUAUUUGCUGCUCAACCGCGUUGUUUGUCUUCCGCCGCUCGAUCGGGUACAUUUACACCAACGACCAGGAUGUCACACUAAUGCCCUAUUUUGCUGCGGUCCAGACGUACGAUGGUCUGAAUGGCCUGGUUGACAGUUUGAUGCGCUCGCUGGGCAAGCAGGAUUUGAGUGUGUACUUGUCAAUACCCGCCUUCUAUAUCAUCGGCUUGCCAUUGGGGUACUUCCUCGGACUGGCGCUGGGCGUCACGCUUUACUCGCUCUCGCAACAGAUUUAUGUCCUAUUUGUUGUCGACUGGCGUCAAGAGGAGAACACCAAAACGCACCCAAUUUCGUCAGCGCUGCAAUCCAGUGCGUCACUGGACAGCUACGGCACAAUAUGCUAGCAUUAUUAACAGAGUACACACAAAAAUUCAUAUACA